AUGGGCGAGUUUGAGCUCGAAGAUCCAGAGAGCGUGGAGGGAACAAACUGGCUUAACAUAGCAUGGAAUCUCCCCAAGGGAAGAGAUCUGCGAGAAAAGAUCACAACGCUGCGACGAGAGAUUCAUGAAAGAGAAAAAUCUCUGCAAUCAUGCCGGGAGAUGCUAGACCAGGCGCGUGCAGACAUCAUCUUCAACAGGGAGGAGUACAAGGCUGCAACAAACAACAUCGCUCUGCUGCAAACUGAGACCAAGGGGAUGGAGAAGGUCUUGCGAGAGAGCGAGAGGCUCGUCGCUGAGAUCAGGCCCAUCAUACAGCAGCUCGGCAAAUCAGAUUUGGAUAAACUCCGUCGAAUGCCAGACCCAGCCCCGACGAUCAGGCGGACAGUGGAGCUGCUGCACCUGAUCGUGAACGCGGAGAGCGUGGACCACAGGCGGCAGAUCGACUGGGAGAGGCAGUGCAAGAAGACGCUGUCCAAGAGCGACCUCAUCUCCUUCAUCAUGGACUUCGACCCUGCUCCCUUGAUGGCGAAGCCUCAGCUCCUGGCCCACAUCGACCUGCACUACCUCGGGGGGAAGGCGUGCGAGGGGCUCCCUGAAGCUCCUGACGUCAGCCCGCAGCGAAACUCGGGGGGGCUGGAGAAACGAACUCCCCCUCCUCCUCUGAUCCGGCGGUCCUCCUCCACCCCAGUGCAGCCGCUGCGGAGGUUGGAGAAGAGGUCGUCGAUGAGCGUGCUGGAGGAGCCGAGCAAGUGCCUGACGGAGGAGAUGGUGUGUCACUCCAGUCAGACUCUCGUCUCCAUCUUCAGGUGGUGCGUGUGUCAGGUCAGGCUCAGCGUGAUCCGACGGUCCAUGGAUCCCGUGCUCAACGCGUCUCAGUGCUUGCAGAACAAGCUGCAGAACGAGAUGGAGAGGCAGAAGAGAGCGAGGGGGAAUGAACUUCUCGCCGUUGAGAACGAGAGGGUCUUUGAGCAAGGUUGCAAGCAGAAAGAAGCUGACCUUGCGGAGCUGAUGAAGAAGAUGGAGGAGCUCACAAAACAGGUGCACCAGCUAGUCAAGAAGGCUGCGGACUUUAAGGAAGAUGAAGAUCGCGAACGAGCGCGUCAAGCAUGAUACAAGUUUCCUUUAUGUUCCCAUCAUGUUUUCUUGAGCAUGUGAAGUCAAGAAUGUUGUCCCAGAAUGUUAGUAAGAAAGGUCUUCUGAGCAUCUUGCCUGCCUUUCAAAGAUUCCCACUGUUGUGACAUAAAGAUUAACGAGG